GUUAAAUUUAGGCAACAGUAAAACGCCUAUUCAGUUUAGUGUAUAAAUAGUUUUAAAGUAGUUAUAUUUUGAUGGAGUAGAAACUUAGUUGUGUAGUAGUAAUAAAGAACAUUUUGGAUUCACAAAACUCGAUUUCUUCAAUAGUGACAGUCUACAAAAAAAUGUUGUAACUCAAAAACUGCACAAAACUUGCAAACCGGAAUCAGUGUAGAAGUGGAUACGUAUGUUUAUGAUGUGAAUUAACCAUCCGUGAUGUGGCUGCCGGCUCUCCUGUGUGUACUCAGCUACUUUGGUAUAUCGGUAAGCGGCGGUGGCGACAGCAUUACGAGCGACUUCUUCGGCUUCACCACCAGUACUGCCAACAGUACAGCGGUUGAUGGCACCACCGAGUCACCGGAGAACCAAGGACAGCCAUACUUCGACAACAAUACAAAGCGGGAAUACACUGCUGCGGUUGGCCAGCCUGCUUACCUCCAUUGUCGAGUGAAGAAUCUGUCGGAUCGCGCGGUUUCGUGGAUCCGCAAGCGCGACCUCCACAUCUUGACAGUUGGAGUCCACACAUACAGCAGCGAUGCUCGUUUCGCAGCGUUACACGUGGACAACUCUAACGAAUGGACCCUCAGAAUAGCUCCAGCACAACCAAGGGACUCUGGUGUCUAUGAAUGCCAGGUCUCGACUGAACCCAAAAUCAGCUUGUCCUUUCGACUCACUGUUGUUGUGUCCAAAGCGGAGAUCCUCUCUGGCCCCGAGCUGUUUGUUCGUGCGGGAUCAGACAUCAACUUGACUUGCAUAGCGAGACACGCCCCUGACCCGCCAAGUUUCAUCUACUGGUAUCGUGGGUCAAAUGUGGUCAACUACGCGCAACGGGGCGGUAUCAGUGUGGAGACGGAACAACGGACAAGGACCAGUAGACUCCUCAUAGCAAGAGCCUCACCGAGAGACUCCGGAAACUACACUUGUGCUCCUAGUAGCUCUGAUUCGGCUUCUGUGGUCGUCCAUGUGGUGAGCGGGGAGCGGCCAGCCGCCAUGCAAAGUUACGGCACGAAAGUAACUCCACCAACUUCACUCCUCGUGCUACUGCCGCUCAUCGAAAAACAAAGUAGAGCCACUUUCUCUACCAUACUUUUCACUUCAAUACAAGCUUUAUUCUUCCUCAAUUUCAAAUUCCGAUUGAAAGAAAACAUCUUACGGUUCAUCUCGAGAUGACCGUCGAAUGUUGUAAAGAAUUAAAUGUGAGUGCAUAAAAUGCAUAGCAUAGUCGCAUUUUAGAACGUAAGUUAAACUGACGUAUAAAGAAACGAAUUAUUGUAAUGAAUCUCUAAUUUAAUGGCGGAUAAUUUUAUCUAUAGCUGUAACCGACUACAAUAGGUUCUUUAUUAGGUUAUACAAAAUCGGUACGUAUAAUUGAAAUUAGGUACAUUAAUUCACUCUAUAGAGGUGAAAUCAAUUUCUUUUACAAAUGAAAAUUUGCAUUUGAAAGUCAACCUGCAUUUCACACUUAUACAAACUUUUCGUGUACCUUCUCAAGUAGAACAAAAUUACAGUUUGGAAAACUCGAUUGAGAAGGAAAAUGAAACGUAAGUACCUAGCAGUUUUGUUCAAUCGGCUCUCCUUAAACUUGCUUAGAAAGUAAUAUGUCACAGGAAUAAACCAAUCUUGAUCGAAAAUUCUGUAAAACAGACAGUAAUCUAACAAGAAGCUAAUAAAUUCACGCCGCUCGAUGCACUCGCCGAUAAACGAAAUCUAAAAUUCUUUAUAAAAUUAUCAGAAAAGUUUAAAACGCUACAAAAAAUACUUCCGAUCCUUCAUUUUGUUUAGCUGUUGUUGUCACAUUUGUAUAAAUAUAUUCGGUGAUACGGAAUGGAUAACUUUGAAAACUUUUAGGAUUUGAGCAACAUUUGUACGCGCCAGUCCCAUAAAGUUAAAAAGAAAUCCCGCCUCAAUUCGAUACUUCUCAAACUAAUAUUCCUGAUUUAAUGUAUUCGCUCAUAAGUUUAGGAAGAUACAAAACGAAAUGUAUCGUGAUUCUAUCAAUAAAUCUAUUUUAAAAAUAGGUACUGAAUCUAGUCGUAUAUAUAGUCGCUGAUGUAUUAUACAUAUUUAUAUCGAUUAAAACGUCAUUUAAACGAAACGUACCAAUCAUUGCGUCGAUGUAUAUAGUGUCUCUCUUUUUAUAAAAUGUCUACUAAAGUGCAGUCAUCUAAUAAAAUAAAUCCUUAUUAGUUUUCAACUUUUUUCGACAGGUAGUAUGUAUUUUAUAAACAAUGAUUUACACACAAAUCUUACUUUUUUUAAAUAAAAGUUGUACGUACAGCUCAGUUCUUUAAAGUUCAUAACAAUCAAGACUUUAUUGUUAUCUAUACACGCGGCAGCGUGUCAAGCCAAGUUCAAGAAACAGAACUGGCGAGCCGCACCGUGUGUAAUAUUACACGAACCAUUUGGAGCCACUUUUGAUUAAUAUUACGAAAGGAGCUCAUUUAGACAACUGCACUAAAGUCUUUCACAAAUUCAUUGUAAAAUUGAAACAGAUAGCGAUCAGUGUUAACUGUUUAUCAAAUAAUUGUAAAAUAAUCUUGAAAUUAAAUUAAUUGCCCGAGGGAUGUAAAUAACGUUAAA